AUGGUCAGGAAGUUUAGUGCCGAUCAGCUGCGGCGGCGGCGGCAGUUCGCAGUGGCGGCCGGUUUGCUGCUAGCCGCCCUGUGCCACACCGCAGCCACAGCCACAAAGUUGAGUCCGCUCCGGGAGGGGGCGCUCUCGAGCGAUGGGGUGCUUUCCCCCCGCGGGCCGGCAAGUGUCGCCCGAGACGUGGAUGAGUCGUACUUUCUGCCAAACAAUUCGAUCCCCACGCACUACGCCAUCUCGCUGCGGACGGACAUUCACGAGAACGUGCGCACGUUCUCCGCCACGACCUGGGUGUACCUGACGAUCCUGGAGCCGACCAGUACGCUGACGAUGCACUUUCAGGAGCUCACGAUCCAGGCGGCGUUCCUGUACCGGGUGCCCAACUCCGGUGGCAAUCCCAUCCAGAUCGACCAACCGACGCACACCGUCAAUAUCGUGACGGAACAGCUCUUCUUCCGCAGCGCUUCCCAGCUGGCCGCGGGGAACUACGCGCUGCGCGUGGUGUACACGGGCAGCAUGCGCAACUACCAGAGUGGCUACCUGGUGUCGCAGUACCGGGACGACGACGACCAGUGGCGCUACGUCGGUACGACCCACUUCCAGGCGACACUGGCGCGCCGAGUGUUGCCCUGCUACGAUGAGCCGGCCCUGAAGGCCACGUUCGAUCUGGAGAUUACGCACCACCGGACGUACACGGCGAUCGCCAACAUGCCCAUGACGCAGAGCACGGUCGAUCCGACCGACCGGGACUACAUGGUGACGAGCUUCGAGCGAACGCCUCGCAUGUCCACGUAUCUGCUCGCGUUCGCCGUGACGGACUUUGUCACCCGGAGCAACGGACGGCACCAGGUGACGGUCCGGUCGAACGCGGUGGACGACGCGCUCUACGCGCUCGACGUUGGCGCCACGAUACUGGACCGACUGGCGGAGUACCUGGACGUACCGUACUACGAGUACAUGCCGAAGAUUACGUCGAUUGCAGUUCCGGACCGUGGCACCGGUGCCAUGGAGAACUGGGGACUCGUGACGUACGGGGAACCGUCGCUGUUGUACAACCCGGCCGUAAAUACCUAUCGGAAUCGUAAACGGGUUACGACCGUCAUCGCGCACGAGUACGCCCAUCAGUGGUUCGGCGAUCUGGUCAGUCCGCUCUGGUGGCAGUACAUUUGGCUGAACGAAGGAUUCGCCACGCUGUACGAGUACUACGCGACGCGGCUGGCCGACCCGGGCGACGAGUACUGGGAGCUGUUCAACGGUGAGGUCAUCCAGCGAGCCUUUAUUGACGAUGCGACCGAAACCAUUCGCCCGCUCAAUCAGAAUGCGGCCAGCCAAAACGAUGUGGCGGCACUGUUUGAUGUCAUCGCCUAUCAGAAGGCCGGCAGCGUACUGAACAUGUUCCGAAACGUGCUGGGUGAAACCCGCUGGCAGGAGGCGCUACGGUCGUACCUGACCGAGCGCGAACUAAGCGUGGCGGACGAGAACACGCUCGCCACCCAUCUGCAGCGCACGGUCCAGGGCAGCCAAGGUGUUCUACCGGCCGGCACCACCAUCCACACGGUGCUCGCGUCCUGGACCGGCGCUCCCGGCUUCCCGGUGCUCAACGUGCGCCGCCUUUAUCGCGACGACGGUGCGAUGAUCUUGUCGCAGGAACGCUUCCUGGCCGACCGAGUGCUGCCGACCACGCACACUUGGCACAUUCCGUACAACUACGCGUACGAAUCGUCCGCCACGUUCCACGAUCUGUCCCAGUUCGAGUGGCUGACGACGAGGGCCGCCAAAAUCGUCACCCCGGUUCCGGACACCGAGUGGAUCGUCUUUAACCUGCAGCAAACGGGUUACUACCGGGUGAACUACGAUCGCCGCAACUGGGACCUGCUGGUGGACGCGCUGCUUGCCAACCACGUCGCCAUUCACCGGCUGAACCGGGCGCAGCUCCUGGACGAUGCAUUCCAGCUGGCCCGAGCCGACCUCCUCGAUAUGGGCGUGGUACUGCGGAUGAUGCGCUAUCUGCGCCGCGAACGGGACUACGCACCGUGGUUGGCCGCCGACAAGGCACUGCGGUAUCUGUACGAGAAACUGCGCGGCACCGACCACGAGCCGGUGUUCCGGGCGUUCGUCAGUGAGCUCAUCGAGGAGGUCUACGCUACGGUCGUCCCGGUGGACACGGUGACCGACGGAGAGACGACGUUGUUCAAGUACCUCCGGGAGCUGAUCACCGGAUGGGGUUGCCGGAUCGGGCACGCGGACUGUUUGCAGCGUUCGCGAGACGCACUGCGCCGGGAGUACGGCGCCGCCGCCGUGCUCGACCCGACACCGGUGGAUCCGGACGUGCGGGCCGUCGUCUACUGCUACGGGCUGCAGGCGGAGGAUGCGACCGAAGAGUUUACCGCCAUCUACCAACGGUUCAUGGCUUCGCGUAAUCAGGCCGAACGGACCGAUCUGCUGAAUGCGCUCGGGUGUUCCGGAAGUGCCGACAACAUUCGCACGCUACUGGCCACGGUGCAGUUCAGUGCGAUACCCGGCUCCGGCUUCGUGUACCUCAGCGAAGAGAAGGGCCAACUGUUUCGGGCGAUCACCGACGGUGGCCGGUUGCCGAUCAACGCGAUGAUGGAAGUGUUCGCUGAUGCCACCACGUUGGAACAGUUGAUCGGCGUGGUAGGAACCGAUCCGAUCGUCUCUGCGAUUAAUCGAAUUGCCGAGCGAACCAACAACCCGGAGGAGCUGCGUCGCUUGGAGACGAUGCUGGACGCCAUCGGUCCAUCCUUGCCGGUGUCCGGUGCCCUCGAGGUGGCUACGGCACGCCCACAGUGGUUCAGCACGGCCGAGGGCCUGAUCGUGGGACAGUUUCUGGAAGGAUACAACACCGUUUGAGCUACCAGAGUCUGCCGAUAUGGCCCCGCCGUCGAUUGCGCAACAAGUGGAACUAUCGGAGAAGAGACUCACCGUAUCUUAUCUUGUCACCUGGCAGUCGAUCACCGGCAAUUGUU